AUGCAGCCAACGAUGUCCUUGCCCGUUUACAGGCCGAAGAGGAGAUCGCGAACAAGGAAGAUCCCGAAGUCGCCAGGCAAGAGUGGCACAAGAAGCUGCGCGAGCAUGCGGAGGCACGGAUUCUGCGCACAGUGCACGUUUCCGGGCUGCCAGAGUCGACGACCCUGCAGGAGUUGCAGCGGCUUGGAGAGCAGUUCGGCAGCGUGGAACAGCUGCGCCUGGAUCGUGAUGCGAAAGGUGCGCCUUUCGGUCUCAUUCAGUUCAAGGAGCUCGGAAUCGCCCGUGGCUGCUGUCUGA